AAUAAGAAGUUGAAAGGAUCAGCUGGCGCUAUUUUUCCAGUUUCUAGUCAUUCAAAGGGCUUUCACAAGUUUCCCUCCUUCUCCAUUACACUAUUCUCUAUUCCCCAAUGGCCACACCUCUCCACAUACUUGUCGACGACGAUGAGUUUGAUUGGGAAUCAGCUGUGAAAGAAAUCGAUGGUGCUCUCGAAGCAACAGCCAUUUCCAACAGACCAUCUUCUUCCCAUUUUGCGUCUACUUCUCAUUCAAAUCAGCAAAUUAAGGAAACCCACAAAUACCCUUUUGCUUCUUCUUCGUCUUCUAGACAAUCCACACUUGAUAGAUUUAUCCAAAAUUCCACCAAGAAUGCCGAGAAAUCUCGUAGGGAACAGGAAAAUCGAAAUGGGUUUGGAGAAAAGAACCGAAAUGAAGUUGAAUCUUAUUGGCCUAGUUAUGUUAAGAUUGAUCUGGAGGCUGCAAAAACUUGGAUUUUCCCCGUUAAUUUCAAUCGUCGUGAUUAUCAAUUUUCUAUCAUCCGCACUGCUCUUUUUAGCAACACCUUAGUGACAUUACCCACAGGACUUGGAAAGACAUUUAUUGCUGCUGUUGUAAUGUAUAAUUAUUUCAGGUGGUUUCCAGAAGGAAAAAUUGUUUUUGCAGCUCCUUCACGCCCACUUGUUCUGCAGCAGGUGGAAGCAUUACAUAAGUUUGUAGAUAUUCCACAAGAGUGCACAAUUGAUCUGACAGGUCAAACAAAUCCUUUGAGAAGAGCGAGUUUAUGGAAAGAGAGACGAGUUUUCUUUGUUACUCCUCAAGUGCUGGAGAAGGAUAUACAUUCUGGAAUAUGCUUCAUGAAACAUCUAGUUUGCUUGGUAAUCGACGAGGCUCAUCGCGCAAGUGGAAAUUACUCUUAUUGUGUAGUAGUUCGUGAGUUGAUGGCAUUUCAUGUCCAAGUCAGGAUAUUAGCAUUAACUGCUACACCUGGGUCUAAAAGGCAGGCAGUUCAGAAUGUGAUUGAUAACUUGCAAAUAUCAACACUUGAAUAUCGAAAUGAAACUGACCCAGAUGUGCUCCCAUAUGUGCAUGCUCGAAAGAUUGAACAGAUAACAGUUCCCAUGGGCCAAGAUGCUGUUGAAGUUGGGGAACUCCUCUUUGAAGUAAUGGACCCAUUAUCGACUCGGCUUCGUGCAUACGGACUACAAGUGAAUAGAGACUGCCGGACAUUAAGCCCACAUCUGAUACUUGAUUCACGGUCAAGAUAUCGUGAAGAUCCACCUCAAAAUUUGCCUCAAGUGAAGUUUCAAGAAAUUGAUGGACUAUAUGGAGUUCUAAUAACACUUUCCCAUAUAGUGAAGCUGCUCUCAAGCCAUGGGAUAAAAUCUGCUUUUGAGAUGCUUGAAGAAAAACUGCAAUCCAAGUUGUUCGGACGACUGAUGGGAAGAAAUGAAAUUCUUUUGAAAGCAAAGCGUUUAAUGCAGCAAGUUGUAUCUCAUGGUGCUCCUAGUCCUAAGUUAUCAAAAACGUUGGAAAUACUGAUUGAUCAUUUCAAAAUGAGUGAUCCAAAAAAAUCAAGGGUUAUUAUUUUCUCAAAUUUUAGGCAAAGUGUCAGCGACAUAUUGCUUUCUUUGAGGAGUUUACCAGAUAUAGUUAAAGCUACUGAGUUCAUAGGCCAAAGCUCAGGCAAAGCAUCAAAAGGCCAAUCACAAAAAAAUCAACAGGCUGUUUUGGAGAAAUUUCGAACUGGUGAAUACAAUGUCAUUGUUGCAACAUCAAUUGGUGAAGAAGGUCUGGACAUCAUGGAAGUAGAUCUUGUCAUAUGCUUUGAUGCUAAUAUAUCACCUUUGAGAAUGAUUCAGCGCAUGGGCAGAACAGGAAGGAAACAUGAAGGACGAGUUGUGGUUUUAGCUUACGACGGAAGAGAGUUAAAAGGUUACUUGCAAAAGCAAACAAGUGGCAAGACAAUUAUCAAAGACAUGAGAAAUGGGGGAAUGAAUAGCUUUUCAUUUCAUUCCAGUCCGAGGAUGAUUCCACAUAUUUUUAAACCAGAAGUCCAGUUUCUCAAGCUAUCAAUUCCACAGUUUGUUCCUCGAGGAAAAAACACCAAAGAUGUUCACCCUAUACAGGUCUCUGCAUUCCAGAACAAAUUAAGUGAUGAAGAAGCAAACUUGCUCGCGAAAUAUUUCAAGUUUACUGGUCAGGAGGCUCAGGACACAUGGAGACCAUCACUUAUUGCCUUUCGUCAUUCCCAGGCAUUUCCGUCCAAAGUGCACAGAGUGGUGCAUUCAUUUAGAACAGGGAUGCUAAUAGAUGCCAUGCAAAAUUUGCAAGAAAUGCCUUUUCCUCGAGAUGUCAAAGCUUCUAGCAAUGAGGAUGAAACUUCAGAAAAAUUGUCUAUGAAAGUUGAAGCUACCGAACCAUGUGAAGAAAAUCUGAAAGAAAAAAAUAGUGACUGCAUUCCGGUGGAAAUCCCAAGUAAUAGAAGGCCACCUCCUCUGGAUAUAUUUCGAGGGGAAAACUCUCAUGCACAUGGCUUCCUAUUCAAUUCAGAAUUUGUUAGUGUUGAUGAUCAGGGGAGGGUUAUAGUCUCAUCUGUUGCCCAACUAUCUCUAAAAGAAACUUUGGUUUCUAAAUUUACAAGCACCAGAUUAUUUGAAAAGUUCAACCUGCCAGAAAAAGAUACUCUUCAUGGAAAGGUUUCAGCGACUGCACUGGAGGAAAAGACUGAUGGAGUCAAAGAUGCUUCUUCUACUCAGACAGUUACGACAGAAAAAUUUAAUCUGGCAGCAUCAAGAAUCAUUGUGUCUAAUGCAAAGCAACAGAAGAUAUUUGAUAUUUGUGAGAGGAAUUUUGGAAGUCCAGAUCACAAAGUUAAACCAGAAGGUAAGAGCAUAGGUGAGAGUCUGGAAGUCCAAGUUUGCGGGACACCAAUAGGAUCUGAUGAUCGAGACGAAACGUUUGGAGAUAUGGAGCUUAGUCCACGUCUGACCAACUUUAUCAAUAGAGGCUUUGUCCCAGAAUCUCCUACAAAUGACGCGGUGUUUAUGGAUAAAGGUGUACAGAUCAUGGUUAAAGAUCUAUUUUCAACACCAAAAAUAUCUUCAGAACAGAAUGAAAAGACAGUGGAUGGCAGUAGUACCUGUGGAAAAUAUAAUGAAAUGUCAACUCCUAUACAAAACAUUGACAAUAGUGAACCCAGAAGUUGCAAGUACACUAGUGUAAUGGUUGAAGAUAAACAAACUCCUAUGGAAAAACUGUCUGGCAAAAGCUGCAGCGAAGACUGGCAACUGCGCUCUACAGAUAAAUCAGAUAGCAUUGGAAAAAAACGGAAGUUUAGAAGAUUGCUCAAACACGGUGAUCUUCCUAGAAGAAAACCACCAGACGAGGUAAAUACAAGUACUUCCAGAAAAGCGGCAGCUCUGUGUGGCACUUCCACUCAUACUGGUUUCAAGCAUGGGAGAACUAUAGGUGAGAAACGACAGCCAAAAAUUGUGACAGACUUCGUUGAAGAUGAAGCUGAGGUAUCUUCAGAAGUUUCAGUAUCUGAUGACGAGGAGGAUAAGCAGGAUUUCGGUUCAUAUGACGAUAGUUUCAUAGAUGACAGGAUAAAUCCUACAGCAACAGAUAGUCAAGCCGAGGCUGGUGAAGUUGACAUGAUAGCAAUUUACAGGCGUUCAAUGCUCACUCAGUCACCAAUUCUAAACCUUUCAACUGAUUGUACUCCUGAUUCUGAGGUUCCAACUAGCAGAGCAGAUAAAAGCAAGAGCUCAUCUGGAACAGCAGAUCAUCACACACCUCAAACUGACCCAAAGUCCGUAACAAGAAAUUCCUCAAGCUUUCAGCAAAGUAGUAAUAAAAUCUCUGCAGAAGCCAUGCCAUGCUCAACUACUUGCUCUUUGAGAGAAAACAAUAGCAAUUUAGAGAGUCGUAAAAGAAAGUUGAGCUAUUAUCAAGCAACUUCACUGCCAGUUCUCAAUUUACAAAACAAUUUCUCUUGUCAUUCUACAGCUGCUGGUGAAAACUUACAUCUUUUGGAAGAAGCAGCUGAGAAUGUAGUUGGUGAUCCAUUUGAUGAUGACCUGUUUUAUCAAAGUAUCGAUUUUGAUGCAGUGGAAGAAGAGGCUACUAGAAUGCUUAGAAACAAAUCACAGUCCUUGGUUCAAAAUACAAUGACUUCAAUACCUAUUACUCAAAUUCCUGAUGGCAUAAACGCUCCUUCAUUUGAUCUGGGAAUUUAGUUUUGCUGGCUUCACUGUCAAGUUUUGUAUCACAGCGUGAAUGGUCAUAAAUGUAAAGGAAAAAAAACAAUAAUUUAUCAUCUGUCCAGAAUAAGAUAGUUGUAUUUAUCAUUUAAUAGGUUACAGGAAAGUCCAUCUUGAUGGAACUGAGACGUAUGUAUCUCCUAGGAGUAUGGAAACAUUUUGAUUGUUUCCAAAAUGUACAUAAUUUCAAAAUUAGUGUUUCCCUAGUCCAAGUAAAGUUGUGUGUCUUUUGUUAUUAAUUACCUGUUUAUAUCAAGAUGCUUUGUUUCUCUUCUUGUUAA